AAUGCAAUUGAUUCCCGUUAAUUAUACAAAGAGCUCACAGACCUCACACUCUGUCGCGAAUGCUUAACUAUGCAAGAAUAGCGAGGAGUUGAUAAAGAUCCAGGCGACCCAUUUCCGUUCCCGUACUUGUGUCCGUAACCGUCCUCCCUCAACCGACAUAAAUACAAUCAGUAGCCGCGGUCGUGUCGGUCGACCGUGGCGCAUGACAGAGUAAAGUUGAGAGCAGCCACAUCUCACACUCACAGCAUCCGUCUUAAGAGUCAUACAAACAGGGAAACAAAAUACAGAAACACAAGAAGCAAGGCAGUCGUAGGUUGCGUAGGAAUCUCAGCCAACCCAAUCCACAACAAGCAACGAUUCAAUUCACACUCCUCGUACACUCGUAGCCCACAUACACACAAAAAGGCACCAAAACCCACAAAGAAUCUGUGUGUUUUAGGCUGUCAAGGCUAAUGUCCGACUUGGUGGCUCGCACCGGCCGCCACCAGCAGCGCUACGAGGCCGGCCACCGCCUCGUCGCCGGGUGUAUUCCUUUCAAAUAUAGAAAUACUGGAGAAAAUAGUGAUGGCGCAUGUGAGAAGGUUGUUGAGGUACUAAUGAUCAGCACAACAAGGGGACCUGGGCUUGUGUUUCCAAAGGGUGGAUGGGAAAAUGAUGAAACCGUUCAGGAAGCAGCAAUACGUGAAGCUGUGGAAGAGGCUGGAGUACAAGGGGAUAUAAUGGAUUGUUUGGGGCACUAUUUUUUUAAGAGCAAGACCCUGCAAGAUGAACUUAGUCCCGAGGGAUUGAGCAAAGCUGCCAUGUUUCCUUUGCUUGUGAAGGAAGAGCUCGAGUUUUGGCCAGAACAAAACAAUCGUCGGCGAAGUUGGCAUUCCAUCCCUGAAGCUACAGAACUUUGCCGGCAUCAAUGGAUGAAAGCGGCCCUUGAUGAAGGCUUCUCAAGGUGGUUUGCGGAACAGAUGAUCAGCAAUCAAAAGAAAGAGAACCACUUAAUUUCACCUGAUUCAUCUGCAGACCAGGAAUAAUUACCUGACUGGAGCUGAUUUCAGCGCAUAAUUAGCCAAGAUUUGAACUAAUUAGCCAAGAUGGUUCUAUCAAACGCUAUAAAGCUCACUUGGCAGCAUAGGAAAAAUCCAAGAGUGACGACUAUAAUCAUCCGAAAAUAAGAUAUAAUAACGAAAACCGGAGGUUGACGAAAUAGACGACUUCCAGACAUCGGAAUGAAUUAAAUAAAACGGAAACAGAGCAAUAAUUUUAUUUGAAUGAAAACAAAGUUUGUGAGA